AUGCUUGAGAAUCACGAUAUUCAAGGUCAACCUCGAGCGGUGAGCGAACCACAUGUUGACAUUGACUUGACCGUUACACCACCGCCACAAUCCCCUGCAGCCACCGUUCAACCUAGCUCGGAUGCUGACAAGGCCAAACCGAGCCUUGUCAAGAUCUGGUUCCAUGUGUACACUCCAAUCCCAAAGACCAAGGCUGAAAAACAAGCCGGAACCGCCCAGAAGCUACCUGAAUUCCAAUUUCGCCGCAUUUCCAAUCAACCUUGUCAUCCUCAUCAACAUCAUGCUGCCCCUGCCGAUAACGUUCAAACUACUUCACAAAUUCCCAACAAUCGUACCGAGUCACCUAUUCCGGGUCCUCCUCCACCUCUUGAAGACUUCCUUACUUGGGCCAAGAUUUCACCAGACAAUGAAAACACCCGUGCCCUUCUCAAGAAGCUCGACAUCAUUGAUUACAAAGCGCUCCUUUCAUCUUCUUUGGAUGUUCCAACCCUUGCUGGGUUGGGAUUUGUGUAUGGAACCGCAGUACGUUUACAUGAUCAAGCCCCACUUUAUCAAGCUGAACUCAAGAGACACAAGGAUCCCGGCUUUUGGGAUUAA